GAACAACAACAACACCUGUACCAUGUACAUAUAGAUGUAAUGAUGGCACUUGUAUUGGAAAAGAAAAGCGUUGUAAUUUUGCACUGGAUUGCUUACAAGGUGAAGAUGAAAUUGAUUGUGGUGGAUGUGAUUUUGAAAUAUCAACUUGUGGUUGGCAAGAUGACAGUGUCGGAUAUUAUAUUUGGGCAAGACGUAAUGCAUCAUCAAUUUUACUCAUGCCUGGUGAUAUGACAACAAAUACAGCAAAAGGUUUUGUUAUGACAGUUACUGAAGGUUCAGGAUCAUUUGCUGGUAGUAGUCGAUUAGUUUCUGAACGUAUUGCAUCAACUGCAGCAUCAUGUCGUGUUACAUUUGGCUUGUAUCGUAAUGUUGAUAAAAAUGGUACAUUAGCUCUUUAUCUUGAAGAUGAUUUGGAAUUAACAACAAAACUUUGGACUGAUCCACGAACAACAAUUGGUCGAAUAUGGACAUCGAUAACUGUUAGUAUUGGACGAAGACGUUCUGGUUUUCGACUUGUAUUUAUUUCAACACAUGUUGGUUCAACAACAUCAUCUGAUAUAUCUAUUGAUGAUUUUAAAUUUCUUGAAUGUUAUACACAAACAAUUGGUCACUGUGAAGGUUUUACUGAUCCAUUUAAUUGUUCAAAUGGAAAUUGUAUUCAUCAAGAUAAUUUAUGUGAUUAUAGUGAUGAUUGUGGUGAUAAUACUGAUGAAAAUAGUUGUGAAAAAUAUGUUCAAAUGUGUAGUUUUGAGAAUAAUGCAGAACCAAUAUGUUUAUGGUCACAUGAUGAUGAUGCAGACUUUAGAUGGCAACGUAUGCGUGGUGAACAAGUUAAUAAUUUUGAUUGGUAUGAUGAUUUCUGGCAACUCGAUGGUCCUGAUUAUGAUCAUACAUUAGGAACAUCAAAAGGACAUUUUCUAUUGCUUGAAACAAAUGCACCACGUAAGCUAAAUGAUACAGCACGUAUUAUUAGUCCAAUAUUUGCUCCAACAACAUCAGGAGAAUGUCAAUUUCGAUUUUGGUAUCAUAUGUAUGGUUAUGAUGUUGCAUCAUUAAAUGUAUAUACACGUACUUUUAUUGGUGGUCCAUUGACAUUAAUUUGGCGUAAAAAUUAUGAAAAAGAUGAUAAAUGGUUUCGUGCUAAAACUGUUCUUAAAGUUCAACAACCAUUUCAAGUACUUAUCGAAGGUGUAUGUGGUGCUAGUUAUGAAGGUGACAUUGGUGUUGAUGAUAUAAGUUUUACACCAGGUUGUCAAUUACAAAUGACAGCUACAUUACCACCUUUUGUAUAUUCUACAACACAAAGUCCAUUUUGUAAUUCGACACAUUCACAUUGUUUACAAAAUAUUCGUCAAUGUAUACCAAAGGAUCAAUUUUGUAAUUUUAAUAUUGAAUGUGUAGAUCAAACAGAUGAAUUAUCAUGUCCACCAACAUGUGCUUUUGAACAGAAAAGAUUAUGUUUUUGGACAAAUGAUCUAAAACAAAAACUUAUCUGGGAUUUCGGUAAUGGUACGACAUCAUCAAUUAGUACUGGUCCAAGCACUGAUCAUACAACAAGUAGUAGUAGUGGGACAUAUAUCUAUUUGAAAACAAGUAUAGGUAACUUUGGUGAUCGUGCUCGUCUUGUUAGUCCACUUUAUCGUAAGUCUUCCAAAACUUGCACGUUUACAUUCUGGUAUCAUAUGUUCGGUGACACAAAUAAUAUAUUAAAUAUUUAUGUACGUGCUGGUGGUAUUGAUACAUUAAUAUGGUCAUUACAAGGAAAUCAAGGUGAUCGAUGGCUACUAGGAAUAGCUUAUUUACCAAAAUGUGCAUCAAAAUUUAAUAUUAUAGUUGAAGGUAUACGUGGUACAUCACUUACAGGUGAUAUAGCUUUAGAUGAUUUUCGUUUUAAUCAAUGUUAUGAAAUUCCUCCAUUACCAACAUGUGCACAAGCUAUUGGAGAUCCAAAUCAAUUUAUGUGUCAAAGCAAACAUUGUAUAUUA